AUGGCGACGCUGGCCAGCGCCUCCGUGCUUGGCAUCUCCUUUAUGUUUGGCGGCCUGUUUCUCCCCGGGCCCGACAUGCCCGAAGGCUAUCGCUGGCUCUGGUAUGCCAACUACAUUCGGUACGCCCUCAAUGCCAUGGUGGUGCCCCAGUUCCACUGCGAAGGCGCUGGAAACGCCACAGGCACGUGUCCCACCAUUCCCAUUGUCACCGUGGAAGGCGUUCGUGACAUGGCAGUGUCCGAGUAUGUGCACACCUUCCUUGGCCUUGACUAUGAGGACCGCUGGCUCGGCCUGUUUAUUGUCGUCGGCUUUGCGUGCGCAUUUCUCGUGCUCUCCUUCCUUGCCGCACGCUUCAUCAACCACUUUGAUUUUGCUGCGAUGAUCUUGGCCAUGCGUUUCCGCCGCGCCCUGCAAGAAUAG